CAGCUCAGUGGCUGGAGCCUUGGCUGUCUCCUCCCCUUCCUGAGCUUCAGCCCCAGCCAGCGAGGCUCUGGAAUGACAGGCAUUCCUGCGCCAGGGGAGCUGGCAUGGGCGCCUAUUUAUGAGAAUCAAGUGCCUGGGCUCCGGGGGACGGGGACGGGACCCUCACCGCACACCCUGCCACCGCCUCGCCUCCUGCAGCCACUGCGCUCACCCGGUGCUGGAGCCCUUGCCCGUUCGUGGCCGUGGAUUUACCAUUUCCAAGGGCUCCGGAGCUCUCCCGGGGUCCCGGCUGCUUUUUCUCUCCCUUCCCGCUGCCUCCCGGAGAGCCGCUGGGGAAGGGAUCGGAUGGGGCAGCCGCACUUCUCCAGACCGGUCAGUCCGGCUGCUUUCGCUGAAGAGGUGGAUCACCCCCCGAGCGAUGCCGGCAUGGGGGUCGAUGUUCUGGAAUCGGGCGACACCACGCCUCCCACCAAGAGAAAAAGCAAGUUCUCGAGCUUCGGCAAGAUCUUCAAGCCCUGGAAGUGGAGGAAAAAGAAAAGCAGCGAUAAAUUUAAGGAGACUUCGGAAGUUUUAGAACGAAAGAUUUCUAUGCGAAAGCCAAGAGAGGAGCUGGUAAAAAGAGGGGUUCUGUUGGAAGACCCUGAGCAGGAUGGUGAGGAUCCAGAGAAGCUGAACCCGCCGGCCCUGAAGAAUGGCCACACGGUCCCCAUCGGUGGUCCCGGGGCCGGUAACCCGGACAGCCAGGAGGAGGAGCCCCCGAAGUCAUCCAGCCUUAGGAAGCCUGUUCCAGCUGAGGAACCAAAGAAAAGACAAGGUAAGAAAGCAGAGCGUGCAGGGUUGUUUGCUUCAGGUUCGAGCCCCACUGUUCCCAGGCAGCCUCUUCUUCCUCCGAAAAGACCUCCCUCCACGUCCCAGGAGGCAAACGAGGUGCAAGCCAAGGAUCCAGCACCCGCCAGCAGCGCCGCCAAAACCGUGCCCACCACCACGGCCCCCGUGGCAGCAAAGACAGUCAGUUCCACUGCUGCCCCCUCCCCAGCCCCCAGGACUCUGCCCCCUGCUCUUGCCGGUGCCAACACUACUGCUCCCGUCAGCACAACCAGCACAGCUCCUGCCAAGCAGCCUCCCGUCCCGCCGCCCAAGCCCGUCAACAGGAACAGCAACUCGGUGCUAGCGGAACUUUCCCAAGCGAUGAACAGCGGAACGGCCUUGUCCAAGCCUUCCCCUCCUCUCCCACCGAAGAGAGGCCUCCUGCCUAGCACCACGACAGAGGCAGCUCCGGCUUCCAAGCCCCCGAGCGACAGGACGCUGACGGCAAGCCGCCCCGUGCUGAUCCCCAUGCACAUGGCCCCCGCGUACCCACCGCCCUCGCCAUCGCCGCCGCUGCCCACGCACGUGCCACCGGAGCCUCCCCGCGUGCCCUUGCCCACCUCCACCCCCGUCCUGGACCCUCCCCGCUCCCUGGACCUGCCCAAAGAGCCCCCAGCUCCUCCUGAGGACUUCAGGUCCCCCGAGGCGGCGAAGAGGACGGCGGAGCAAGGCUUCGGCGAGCCCCACGCGCUGCCGCGCCUGCCCCAGGUCCCGCUGCACAUUCGGAUCCAGCAGGCUCUGGCCAGCCCCCUGCCCGUCACGCCGCCUGCCGACGGCUCGCACCGAGCCCACUCGCUGCUCUUUGAGAACGACGCCUUCGGGGAGGACGGCGGCACGCUGGGCAGGACGAGGUCCCUGCCGGUCACCAUCGAGAUGCUGAAAGUUCCAGACGAUGAGGAAGAGGAAGAGGAAGACCAGGAGGAAGAGCAGGCUCCGGGCCCCCGUGUGUAUAUCGGAGAUGUGCCGUCCGUAACGAUCAUCCCCAAGCUGGUGCCCCAGGUGCUGCCGGAGGAGCAGGAGGGAGACGAAGGGAUGAGCGACUCUGACUCGGAGGGGCCCAUCCUGUACAAAGAUGACGAGGAUGAGGAAGAAGAUGAAAGCCAUAACAGCACGCUGGCUAACAAAGUGAAGAGGAAAGACACGCUAGCCAUGAAGCUGGGGAGCACGGCUGCGGUGCAGGAAGAGAAGUUUGUCUUCCCUCGGAAGAGCAAGGAGGAGUGGAACGAAAUUCGGAACCAGAUCGGGUCGACGCUGACCAGGCGACUGAGUCAGAGACCGACAGCAGAAGAACUGGAGCAGAGGAACAUACUUCAACCGAAAAAUGAAGCCGACCGUCAAGCCGAGAAGCGAGAGAUCAAACGCAGGCUCACCAGAAAGCUUAGCCAAAGGCCUACGGUGGCAGAGCUGCAGGCCAGGAAGAUCCUGAGGUUUAACGAGUACGUGGAAGUGACAGAUGCUCAAGACUACGACCGGCGAGCAGAUAAGCCGUGGACAAAGCUCACUCCGGCUGACAAGGCUGCCAUCCGGAAGGAGCUAAACGAGUUUAAGAGCAGUGAAAUGGAAGUCCACGAGGAGAGCAAACAGUUCACGCGGUACCAUCGACCAUAAUCUUCCAAGAAGGAGCAAGAGACCCAAGAGGACUGGAAGUUCUCUGCGUCCCUCUCCUGGGCAAUACAGCAAGGGUAGAACCUUGCCUCUUCCAAGAUUUGCCUUCAAAACAUAUCCAGAAAAGGGCUUUCGGCCAGGGAAGGGGGAAUCCUGUCUGAAUGUAGCAUUUCACUGGAACAAACACGUCUCGAGUGCCAUCGGGCUGGAACUGAACACUAUACCUCGCGCAGCUCAGCAAUACGCCUCUCCUCGGCGCCAGCAUCCCUGCCAGGAGCCCACGCACGUGUGAGCGAGCAGUUCCUUCCCCAGCUCCCUUCCUGUCGUGACGGGCCCGGUUCUCAGCUGUACAUACUCCUUUUGGGUGCAAACCCUUCGUUUCCUCUCUCUUUACCUAGAGGAGGGAAAAACUCGGCAGCUCUGGUGUUGGAGAGCUGAGGAAUGGAGAGUGGAUGUGCGAGGAAGCACGUGUGUAUAUUAGCUGUGUACAGAGAACCCUGUGCAGAUGCUGAGCUGGCAGACAACUGACACGUGACUCGUAAUUUUUGGGAUUUGCUCGCGUCUGUCAUAUCUUUCAUGUCCUGAAUCACUACUGACCAACGGUUUGUUGUCCUGGAAGGGAAUUGUAUAGAUAUUAACAUAUGCUGCAUCUUUUUUUUUUUUUUUUUUGUAAAAAAAAAUCAAAACAAAAGAACUUAAAAACAGGAAAAAAAGGCAAAAAAAAACAAAACACAAAUGUAUAAAGCAUUCCCUCCCUGCUCUCUCACACCUGCGGUGAUGUUAAUGGAUCUUGUCUUGAGAAUAUCUGGGCUCGUUUAACAAAUCACAGAACCAGGAAACGACUGUUGCCUUUUUUAAAACUUUUUAAUUUGGGGAAGCUGUGGUAGUAGUAAAUCCUUUUUAUCGUCGCUUCCUCUCAGAUGUUUUUUUUUUUUACUUUCCCAAAUCAGGGUGAAACUUGCCUUUUCUCAUUUUUACAGCAAAACCUACUGGAAACUUGAUAAUUUCACUGCGUGGGUGGAAGGUGCGGGGAGGAGAAGAGGCUUAAAAAAAGUGACCUUAAAAUAGAUUACUCUUGCUCUUCUGAGAAUCUCGUGUUGGUUCUUCCGAAACUUUGGGUUCGAAACCUGGUGUGGGCGCCCUGCUGUCUCAUGCACGGAACUAACCCACGUGUGAGGUGCCACUAGCCACGAAGGGACUAUCACGGGCCCAUGGGGGGUGGGAAUGAAGAGGGGGGCUCGCCUCCAUCGCAGCCGUGCCGGCGUGGUGCUCGGGCUGUUUUGGGAGCCCUGUGGCAGGCUGCGCUGCCUUUGCCCUCAGGGGGUGCGCGUCCCUCACAGCUUCCCCGUGUACAGUACGGCUGUAGACUGAAUCAUUGCGUUGUAUAUCUGUCUCCUCAUCAACAGAUUUUAAUUAUUGAAUAAAAGUAUUUUAGGAUUUUUUUUUAAA